ACUUGAUUUGGCCCGUUUUCAGCGCCGUCUUUUUCUCUCUACAGUAUCUAGUUGAACUGCAGUUCACCUCCCCACCCGCUUGGUGUGCUGCUGUUGUGUCAACUUCCUCAAACCAGCUUCCUCGGUUGUUUUUAGCAUGGCACAACACCACGCUAGCUAGAUUACUUCCCUAGCCAACUGUUUUUAAAACAUUAGCUAACUCGGGCACACACACCCGAGAAUGCCAAGGAAAAAGAAAAAUGGGCAUAGCCCGGCAAGAGUACCCGGGUUGUCAAACGACAACAACAACUAUUACCGAAUACCAGGAACUAGUGACGGUGCGCCGCUGUCGAGAAGUGAAUUCAACACCGGGAGUAACUCUCACUACUACGGCAGUACUAAUAUGGUCGUUUCAACAAACUCAGGAGGCAUCUCCGCUACUUCUCAGGACAAGGACGAGAUAUUGAGGACCAUGCAGGAGAUGUUUUCCCACCUGGAUCCAGAAGUCCUUUACAUUGUGUUGUCCGAGUGUGACUUCAAAGUUGAGAAUGCGAUGGAUUCUCUCCUGGAGCUGUCUGUAGCAGCUGAGCGUGUUGGCCCUCUCCCUCCCCUCCUCUCUGGGUUUGAGCUUGCCGCAGCUCUCCUCAGCCCUCAACACGACCCCUCCAAACCAGACCUUCAUCCCCACCCUCCUACAGGGGAGACCGCUGUCCCCCUCUCCCCUCCCCGACGGCCCCCUCCUCUCCGCAGCGAAGACGACCAGAACCUGACCACUGACUUGACAGAAGAGUUGGAUGUUCUGAUCGACCGUGAGCUGGAGAAUCUUACCCUACAGCAGGAAGCUGGUCUUCACUCCUCCUCUUCCUCAUCCGUCUCUUCCCGCUCCUUCCUCGUUCAGCCCCCCGGCGCCCAGCAGGAGGCCCCGCCACAGCUGCUCCAGUCCAGCCCAAGAGCCUCAGCCUUCACGAGGGGGCUCCCAGGGGCCCAGCCAUGCCCUGACAGGGUGUUCUCAGCUGGGCAAGCUAGAGGACCUCACUCCCCUGUCUCUGGCCUGAGCCUCAGCUUCUCUGGAGGAGCAGUGGGUUACCAGCAGCAGAGAUCCUUACUGGACUUCAGCCAUCUGACUUCAUCGCCAGCCGAGACGGACAGAACUAAACCCAGUCUGCCUUUGGACCUGGGGGCCGCCGAUCGCCCCUCUGCAUUCCAGGCAUACAGGAAACUGGACCAGUCCGCUGUUCGUCCAGAGGGCGGGUGGACCGUACCACCAGGCGGCAUAGUAGGGGGCGCGAGGACGAAGACGAGCGUCGCAGGAGAAGAAGAGCGACUCGACAACUCGUCGUUCUGGAAUACUCAGGCGCCAGUGUUCCAGCCGCAUGUCCACGGACAUCAGGCGACGGGGCCGGCGUUCAUCACCCCCGUGGCGCUAAACCCCUCCACCUGGCACACCCGAGCCACACCCGCCUCCCACUGGUUGGCCCAGGGCCCUGUCAGUCAAGCCCCUACUGUCCCCAGGUCUUGGACAGGGGGUGUGUUUGCGGCUGCUGGCCCCAGAGCACCCCUCCUCUCCGGGCAACAUGGUAGGCUCCGGCUGGAGGGGCGUGUCCUAGUGCUGCUACGGGGAGCUCCUGGGUCGGGCAAGUCCACCCUGGCCCGGGCCAUGCUGGAACAGAACCCACAUGGGGUGGUUUUGAGCACGGAUGAUUAUUUCUGUCGCCAUGGGGACUAUCGCUACGACCCCUCAGCUUUAGGGGAGGCCCACGAAUGGAACCACGCUAGAGCCCAGGAAGCCCUGGAGGCCCGUUUCUCUCCUGUCAUUAUUGACAACACCAACAUGCAGAGCUGGGAGAUGAAACCCUACGUGGCUAUGGCUCUGAGGCACAACUACAGGGUUUUGUUCCGGGAGCCUGGUACCUGGUGGAAGAACAAACCCAGGGAACUGGAGAGACGUACUAGGCACAGUGUUAAAGCAGAGAAGAUCCGUCGGAUGAUGGAAAAUUAUGAUCGUCACGUGACCAUUCACUCCAUCAUGGGGAGCUCUCACCCCAAACGAAAAGAUGAUCUCUCUCUCUCUCUUUCUCCUGAUAGGCCCAAGUCCUCAGACAAGGCCCGCCGCGACCUGGUAGGAGAGCAGCGAUUGGUCCAGGGCUUUGAGAGGUCCUGCCCCCAGCUCUUCUCCUCGCUUCCUGACGUGUCGUCAGUUGGCCGCUCCGGGAGAGUCAUCACCCCGGGUCACAGCUCUGCCCACGGGGCCACAGAGUCCCUCCCCCUCAGUGAAAAGGCCUCGGAAAAAUGUGGAAUUCCAGACAAUUCAAAAAUUCCGAAUGAGGAGGAUAUUCUCGAUUUAGGAGCGCUGGUCUCUGAACCGGACGCCCAGUUACAACCGGAGGAGGACGGGGAGGAAGAGGGAGAGACAGGAAUUCCCCACUUUCUGGUGGAGUCUGUGUUUAGUGCAGAUUGCCAUGGUGACGACGAGAGGCCCGUGGCUUUCUCAGAGACGAUUGGUCAGAGGGUGAGGAAAGAGAGGAGGAGCAGAACUAGGCCUGCUGACAUAGUGAAGGACACUAGCCAAUCAGUGAGCGAGGGGGAUGGAGAGGGAGAGGAUGGAGGAGGGACGUUGGUGGGAGAGAGGGUGUGGGAUGGGGGAGAGAGGGUGAGGGAUGAGGGAGAGAGGGUGAGGGAUGGGGGAGAGAGGGUGAGGCCUGAGUUGUUGGAGUUCGUUGGAGACUGGCCUUCAGAGGAGGUACUGGAGCAAAGAAGAGGAGGAGGAGGGAGGAACGGGAGGCGCCCUGGGGGGGAGGAAGAGGGAGGUGGUGAGGGGGAGGAGGCAGGUCCCAGAGGCAGCCAAUCGGAAGGGCAUCCUGCUAGCGGGCCUCAUGUCACAGAGUUCCAGAAGCUUCUAGAGCUCUUACAGACAGAUGUUGACUCCUGCCCCUCCCCCGUCCUCUCCCCAAUCUCCCCGAGCUCAGACCAUUCACUUGGAGAAGGAGGAGAGAGGGGGGAGGCAGGGGGGAGGAGAGGGGAGGCUGAUAAAGACCGAGUCCUGAGUCGGGAGGAAUUACCUGACUGUGUGUUGGUUGACUCCAGCCUGGGGAGGGAACCAAUCCAGGUGGUUGAAUCCAACACCGUGGAGCAGAGGGAGGGAGAGACCAUUCAGGCCGCCGGAGAGGGGGGGACUCAGGGUUUAGUUGAGGAGGACUUGGUGGAGGUAGAAGGAAGCCAUCUUGUUAAGGUCACUAUCAGCCAUAUUGUUGAGGGCAGUGUGGCAGCUGGUGAAGGCAGCUAUGUUGGUGAGGUCAGUCAGUGUACUCAUAGUGACAUCCAUAUUGGUGAGGGCAGUGUGGAAGCUGGUGAAGGCAGCCAUGUUGGUGAGGUCAGUCAGUGUACUGAUAGUGACAUCCAUAUUGGUGAGGGCAGUGUGGAAGCUGGUGAAGGCAGCCAUGUUGGUGAGGUCAGUCAGUGUACUGAUAGUGACAUCCAUAUUGGUGAGGGCAAUGUGGAAGCUGGUGAAGGCAGCCAUGUUGGUGAGGUCAGUCAGUGUACUGACGCUAGUGAGGCCAGGAUGGAAGGUGAAGUCGGCCAUCUUGGUGGGGGCAGUCAGUGUACUGAUAGUGACAGCCAUAUUGGUGAGGGCAGUGUGGAAGCUGGUGAAGGCAGCCAUGUUGGUGAGGUCAGUCAGUGUACUGAUAGUGACAUCCAUAUUGGUGAGGGCAAUGUGGAAGCUGGUGAAGGCAGCCAUGUUGGUGAGGGCAGUCAGUGUACUGAUAGUGACAUCCAUAUUGGUGAGGGCAGUGUGGAAGCUGGUGAAGGCAGCCAUGUUGGUGAGGUCAGUCAGUGUACUGAUAGUGACAGCCAUAUUGGUGAGGGCAGUGUGGAAGCUGGUGAAGGCAGCCAUGUUGGUGCGGUCAGUCAGUGUACUGACGCUAGUGAGGCCAGGAUGGAAGGUGAAGUCGGCCAUCUGUGUGGGGGCAGUCAGUGUACUGAUAGUGACAGCCAUAUUGGUGAGGGCGGUGUGGAAGCUGGUGAAGGCAGCCAUGUUGGUGAGGUCAGUCAGUGUACUGAUAGUGACAUCCAUAUUGGUGAGGGCAGUGUGGCAGCUGGUGAAGGCAGCCAUGUUGGUGAGGUCAGUCAGUGUACUGAUAGUGACAGCCAUAUUGGUGAGGGCAGUGUGGAAGCUGGUGAAGGCAGCCAUGUUGGUGCGGUCAGUCAGUGUACUGACGCUAGUGAGGCCAGGAUGGAAGGUGAAGUCGGCCAUCUGUGUGGGGGCAGUCAGUGUACUGAUAGUGACAGCCAUAUUGGUGAGGGCGGUGUGGAAGCUGGUGAAGGCAGCCAUGUUGGUGAGGUCAGUCAGUGUACUGAUAGUGACAGCCAUAUUGGUGAGGGCAGUGUGGAAGCUGGUGAAGGCAGCCAUGUUGGUGCGGUCAGUCAGUGUACUGACGCUAGUGAGGCCAGGAUGGAAGGUGAAGUCGGCCAUCUGUGUGGGGGCAGUCAGUGUACUGAUAGUGACAGCCAUAUUGGUGAGGGCGGUGUGGAAGCUGGUGAAGGCAGCCAUGUUGGUGAGGUCAGUCAGUGUACUGAUAGUGACAUCCAUAUUGGUGAGGGCAGUGUGGCAGCUGGUGAAGGCAGCCAUGUUGGUGAGGUCAGUCAGUGUACUGACGCUAGUGAGGCCAGGAUGGAAGGUGAAGUCGGCCAUCUUGGUGGGGGCAGUCAGUGUACUGAUAGUGACAGCCAUAUUGGUGAGGGCAGUGUGGCAGCUGGUGAAGGCAGCCAUGUUGGUGAGGUCAGUCAAUGUACUGACGCUAGUGAGACCAGGAUGGAAGGUGAAGUCGGCCAUCUUAGUGGGGGCAGUCAAGAGCAGAGGCAGAGUCGCAGGGCGGGGAAACAGUGCAAACUGGCGCUCACCUUCACAAACAACACCCCUCCCUCCCCCAAACCACAGAUAGACCUUGACCCCGACCUUGACCCCGACCUUGACCCUGACCUCGACUCUGACCUUGACCCUAAUCUCAACCCUGACCUUGCCC